CCUCCUCAGUGCUCCUGCGCGGGGUCAAAGUUCAGUGAGUCCGCUUGUAAGAUGGCUGCUGAACCGACGAGGGAAUGGAGCGAUGAACAGCUCAAAAGUGAUGAUCUCCCCAAGAAAGACAUUAUAAAGUUCAUACAGGAUAAUGCUGCACACUCGUUUCUAUCAGAACACAAACUACUGGGAAACAUAAAAAAUGUUGCAAAAACUGCGAAGAAAGAGCAGUUGAUUAUAGCCUACGAUCAACUUUUUGAGAGCAAGAGAUUUAAAGGCACUGAACCGAUUGAGGAGGUGACACAGAAUGUGAAAGCUGUGAAGAUAGACGACAAACCCAAAGAGGUUGCUGAGGUCAUUGAUGAGGGUCCUCCAAAGUUCACCAAGGCUGUCCUUAAAAAAGGAGACAAGACCAACUUCCCCAAGAAAGGAGACACAGUAGGAUGCUGGUAUACAGGCUCGCUAGAGGAUGGAACCGUUUUUGACACCAACAUCCCCACAACUGCAAGGAAGAAGAAACAGACGAAGCCCCUGUGCUUUAAAGUGGGACUGGGCAGAGUGAUACGAGGGUGGGAUGAAGGAGUGCUAACCAUGAGCAAGGGGGAGACGGCCAAGCUGGAGAUCGAACCAGAGUGGGCUUACGGGCGGAAGGGUGUGCCCGACAAUAAAAUUCCACCAAAUGCUAAACUCAUUUUUGAAGUCGAGUUGGUAUCCAUCGAUUAACCAUGGAAUACUACAGAUUCUCCCAGCAUGCACUUUUUUCCGACUUUGUCAAAAGGAUCGACGUCUGUCCCAGAUGAUUACCAAUGAGAUUGUCCGUGCAUAUUAUGCCUGUUUUCAUUAUGUUGUGUAACUGAGUUUGAUUGCUCGUUGGGAGUAAAGUUGUCUUGACUCUCAAUCUAUGGUCACAUUGCAUGUCUACUGCAUUGUACAGCUGAAUAAAGAGAAUGUUUGCUUA